CUGGGCAAGAUCCGCGCGCUCUCGGGGGCGGGCGGCUGGGGGGGGCAGUCGCGGUCCUGGGCCGCCGUGCGGGUGGGCUCGGAGCAGGCCACCUUACAGCACCCCACACCCACCUGGAGUCCCUGCCCUCUUUCCCUCCCCCCUCCCCAGCCCCUGGUGCGAGGCUGGGAGCCGCCGCCCGGGCCGGACCGCGCUGUCUCUGAAGGGCACAAAUCAAGAGCCAUGCCUCCUAGCAAAGAGGCCAGCAGUCUUCAUAGCUCACCAGCAGGGCUCAUUUGCCUCCCUCCAAUCUCUGAGGAGCUGCAGCUGGUGUGGACCCAAGCAGCCCAGACCAGUGAGCUGGAUAGCAAUGAACACCUGCUGCAAACCUUCAGCUACUUUCCCUACCCCAGUCUAGCAGACAUUGCCCUUCUCUGCCUACGUUAUGGGCUGCAGAUGGAGAAAGUCAAGACAUGGUUCAUGGCCCAGCGCCUCCGCUGUGGCAUUAGCUGGUCAUCUGAAGAAAUAGAAGAGACUCGAGCUCGAGUGGUCUACCAUCAGGACCAACUACAUUUCAAAUCUCUUCUGUCUUUUACUCAUCAUGCAGUGCGGCCCCCAGAGGAGGUACCGUCUUCUCAAAUGCCACCCUCAGAACAAACUGGCCUUGGAAUAGGUCCUCAGACUCCUAGUGAGCCCACCCAGAUAAAAGGACUGAAGAUAGAGCCUGAGGAGUCAUCUCAGAAUCUGCCUCUGCCAUCAAGUCACCAGAAAAGAAAGGAACCUCUCUUGACACCUGGCAGUGGAGUAUUCCCCCAUCAAAAAGAUUUUUGGCAGAAUUGUCAAAGUAGUAGCCUUUCUAAGGAGCAGGCAGGCAGGGGUUCCAACCACUCACAAGAUGUAGGUAUAGCCUCCUGGAACCACUCCACAGCUGUUUCCCAGACAUGCCCUCCGGACAAACCUCCACCAACCUCACUGGCCAGUAGUUGUAAAGAGAAGACUGCAACUGAUGUAACUCUUCCUCCUUCCUCUACCUCUUCCUCUUUCCAGGUACUGGCUAAUGGAGCAACUGCCAGCCCUAAACCUCUCCAGCACUUGGGCUGUGUCUCCCAGUCACUCUCACCCAGUAAACAGACACAACCUCCACCUAUGGAAGCAAGCUGGUCCCAAAGAUUACGGCCUAACUCACUAGCAGGUAGGGCCAGCCCCACAGGAUACCUUUCCUCCGAUAUGCAACGCCAGCGAAAGAUAAAGCGCAAAACCAAAGAGCAGUUGGCAAUCCUCAAAUCUUUUUUUCUACAGUGCCAAUGGGCACGACGUGAGGAUUACCAUAAAUUAGAACAGAUCACGGGUUUACCUCGCCCUGAGAUCAUUCAGUGGUUUGGUGAUACACGCUAUGCUUUGAAGCAUGGGCAACUAAAAUGGUUUCGGGACAAUGUAGUGCCUGGUGCCCCUAGUUUCCAAGACCCAGCAACUCCCACACCACCAUCAACUCGCUCCUUGAAAGAAUGGGCCAAAACACCACCGCCUCCAGCACCCCCACCUCCACAGGAUAUCCGGCCCUUGGAGAAGUACUGGGCUACCCACCAUCAGCUCUGGGAAACAGAUAUCCCUCAGCUGUGUCAGGCCUCAAGGCUGAACACCCAGCAGGUUAGGAAUUGGUUUGACACUCAGUUAAGUGAGCCAGCUGAGGUGGUUGUUUGUUUGGAUGAAGAAGAGGAAGAGGAGGAGGAAGAACUGCCAGAAGAUGGUGAGGAAGAGGAGGAGGAAGAAGAGGAGGAGGAUGACUAUGAUGAUGUGAUUAUACAGGACUGAAAGGGGGACUAAGGAAAGGGGAGGUUUGUUACUAAAGAAUGAAUGACUUAGUAACUGUCUAAACAAAGAAACCACAUUUUUAAAGUUAUUUUGUGGCAAAGAACCAAAAAGCUUUGUGUUUUUCAGGGUGGGUGAUGGGGAUGUAGUAAAUUGAGGGUGGAUGGGAGAGGAUGACCAAAAGUCCUCGAGCCUUAAAAGUAGAGAGGGCUGAAUAUCUGACAAUGAGCAAAGAAAUGGCACUUGUUCUCCUUUUUUCUGGUAUCCUCCCUUGGUGUACUAGAGGCCAGGCCUCAUCCCCACAGAAAGGAGGAGUAAAGAUUUGUGAUUCAAUUGAUGGUUCUAGUACACCCUGAUCCCAUCAUUUUCCCUGGAUUCAUCCCUCCCUUUCCUUCUGAGUGCAGUACAUAACAGAGCUAAGAUUCUCAAUGGAACCUUAGCAGUGUGUCACGGAUACUACUUGUUCUUCAUACCAGUUAGAUAAUCUGUGACGGAUCACUUGCUUAAUCAUUGAAUCACAGAUAGCACAGUGUUCUCAUUUCUGAUACUGGGACCACUUUGCUUCCUACUUUCUUAUUGCUACAAAUUCCCCUCUAUGUUCACUGUCUCAGGGUAAAUCUUCCUCACAGUGUACAAAAGUUUAGAAACUUUUAGUCGUGAAUAUUUAGUCGGGAUAUUUAUUGGAUUUGGGAGUUAGGGGAGAUGUCCUUUACAAAAACUAGAAUUACAUUACAAAGUGAUCAAGAAAGGACAGUUUCCUGGUCAAAGGGUGGUUGGUAGAAGCAGUACCAGGUUUGGUUUUACAAACCUGACAGUUCCUCCUGUCUAGCUUGACAGAAUCUGAUGUAUCAGUUUUUUGAUGUUUAAUCUGUGACCAGAAAAGAGACUUUUCCCUCUUUAUAGGAUCUGUCUUGGGAACAGAGGGACAAUGGUCUUGAACUGAAUUAAUGAUUGAUGUUUUAGAAUGGUUUUCAUCCAUUGAGAUUAUAAAAACCAACAUCAGUUAACCUUCUAAAAAUAAGAGUGGAAACCCUGCAUUCCUAGAAUAAUAAUAAAAGGCCCCAAAUUAAUUUGUUUCUCUCUUUUCCACUUUGCCAUUCUUAUCAUUUAGGAAUGAAGUCAAAUGCAUUAAUAGUGCUAAUUUACAGGCUAUGGUGUGG